CUUCGGAAUUCGAUGGCAGCCGCAACGAGUAGCUUUGUCUCGGCACUGGACGCCGAGCGCCGGCGCGGCAGCGUCAAUGUCACGGCCAUGACGCACUUCCUCGACGGCGGCGCGCGCGCGACCGAGCUCCAUGACCGCGCCAUGGGCCUUCUCGCUGGCAUGCAGGAGCCGACGCCGUCGUCGCUCGCGGAGGCGCGGGCGCAGACGUUAGCGCACGUCGACACGUUCUACGACCUCUUCCUCGAGCACGGGAGCAUGGACGUCCUCAUGCGCAAGGCCAUGGUGCGCGCGUUCAGCCUCUAUGACAUGGGCUGGUACAUCCGCAACGGCGUCCACUUCGGUCUCUUCCUCUCAGCGAUCACGUCCCAAGGCAACAAGGACCAGCAAAACGAGUGGCUGCCCAAAGUGCUCAUGCGGGAGAUCUACGGCUGCUUUGCCAUGACCGAACUUGGCCACGGCAGCGCCGUCGCCGCCCUCGAGACCACUGCGACCUUUGACCCGCGCACGCGCGAGUUUAUCCUCGACACGCCGGUGGUCACUGCGACCAAAUGGAUGAUUGGCGCCGCAGGCGAGUCGGCGACGCACGCCGCCGUCUACGCGCAGCUCGUUUUAAACGGUGUCAAGAAAGGCCUGCAUGUCUUCGUCGCACCGGUGCGCAGCCUCGAUCCGCCGCACGCGCCACUGCCCGGCGUCCUCCUCGGCGACUGCGGCGUCAAGAUGGGUCUCAACGGCGUCGACAAUGGAUGGAUCCAAUUUCGUCGCGUGCGAGUCCCGUACGACCACUUUUUGUCGCGAUUCGCGUCCAUCUCCAAGGACAACGAGUACAUUGCGGUGCCGGCGACGACGGCCAAGCCCUCGACCGCGCUCAUUGCGACGCGCGGCGAGCUCGUCAUGCUCUCGAUCAGCAUGCUCAAGAAGGCGCUGACCAUCAGCGUGCGCUACGGCGCCGUGCGCACCCAAGGCGUCGCGGCGGGUGCAAUGUCCGAGACCACCCUCCUCGACUACCCGAGCCACCAGCGACGGCUUCUGCCACUGAUUGCAACUGCGUACGCCUACCACUUUCAAGCCACGUACAUUGAAUCGCUCAUCGACUCGAUCGACCACGGUAUCAAUGUUUCAAGGGGCGACGACAGUGCACUGGCCGAAGUGCACGGCACGAUGGCAGGGCUCAAGGCCUUUUGCACGUGGGACACGCUCGCAGCGAUCGAGAGCUGCCGGCAGUGCUGCGGCGGCAACGGCUACUUGGGCGUGAGUGGGCUGGGCGAAAUGGUCGCCGACUUUAGCGUCAUGGUGACGUUCGAAGGCGACAACACGGUCAUGGCCCAGCAGACAGGUGCGUAUGUCUGUCGCGCAUACGACGCCUACUGCCAAGGCCGUCCGAGUCUGGCCUACUUGACCGCACCAAAGACGAUGUCGUGGGCGCCUACCACCGUGCAAAGCAUGCAGACGGUGCCGGCGCUACGCUCGCUGCUUGAUUUUUAUGCGGCGACCAAGGCCCAACGCGUGUACGACCUCUGGCGCCAUGCUCGCACCACGUCGGACCGCUUCCCGUGUCAAGUCGAGUGGAUGGACGUGGCGCGCGUUCACGUCUUCCAUGCGGUCGCCAUGCGGUUUUUGGACAAUAUUGUCCAUUUGACCGACGCGGGCUCGUCGCUCGCUCGUGUGCUGACGCGCCUCGCGUCACUUUUUGUGCUCUCCGAAGUCGAAAAAAGCGGCGCGUUCUUUCUCGCCGAAGGGUUUCUGUCGCCGACGCAGUAUGCCACCGUACGCGGCGCUGUCUUGGAGUUGUGCAAGGAGCUGCGCCCGGACGCCGUGCUGCUUGUCGACGCGUUCAACUUGCACGAUGUGGUCUUGCGCUCGGCGCUCGGUCGCUUCGACGGCAACGUGUACCCAGCGAUCCUCUCGCACCUUUGAUGUGUCCUUGCAUAUGACAAAUUGUGCAUUCUAAACG